AAUGCCAACAAUGUAGCGAAUGUCCCACUUGGGUCUGCGCGCUGGCUGCGCGGCGUGAGCCCCGGGAAGAUGGAGCCGCCGCCGCCCCGCGCCCCGCGCGCCCCCCGGGGACAGCCGUCGCCACGGCCCCCGGCGCCCGGACCCCCGGCGCGCGACGCCCCGGCCGGGCGGGCGAGGACGCCGCGGAGGGCGUAGACCGCGCCCCGGAGAUAGCAGUGGUCUUCAAAAUGAAGACUCCGGGAAGUUUCAGGUUCUUUAUAGGAACUACAGACAUGAAAAGAAAGACAAUUUUCAGAAAAAAAAUUUUUUGAAAGUUUGUUUACAACUGAUACUAUUGACAUUAAAAAAAAAUUAAAGAUUGUAUUUAUGGUGAAAGUGAACUGGACUAACAAUGAGGCCAAAGACUUUUCCUGCCACGACUUACUCUGGAAACAGCCGGCAGCGCUUGCAGGAGAUUCGAGAAGGCUUGAAGCAGCCGUCCAAGAUCUCGGCUCAGGGGCCAUCUGUGGGACCAAACAGCGAUGCCCCUUUGGAUGCCAAGGUCCUGGGGGGCAAGGACGCUGCCCGGCAGCAGCAGAUGCGAGCCACGCCCAAGUUCGGGCCCUACCAGAAAGCGCUGCGGGAGAUCAGAUACUCCCUGCUGCCUUUCGCCAAUGAGUCCGGGACGUCUGCCAGUGCUGAGGUGAACCGGCAGAUGCUGCAGGAGCUGGUGAAUGCCGGCUGCGACCAGGAGAUGGCGGGCCGGGCACUCAAGCAGACAGGCAGCCGGAGCAUCGAGGCCGCCCUGGAGUACAUCAGCAAGAUGAGCUACCUGGACCCCAGGAACGAGCAGAUCGUGAGGGUCAUCAAGCAGACCUCCCCAGGAAAGGGGCCGGCGCCAAGCACAGUGCCGCCGCGUGCCAGCUUCGAAGGGACUGGGGAGCCCUUCCCCGCCUUCCAGCACCUGAGUGCAGGAGUGUACGAGGGCCCCGGGCCCCUGGAGGAGGUGCCCCGGCAGUACAUGGACUUCGUCUUCACGGGAGUUGGCCCCCACAGCCUGCCCGGAGCCCACUCGCACCCGCCCAAGGGCUACCCUGUGGGCAUGGAGGCGGCGGGCCUGGGCUUCCCUGUGGGCGGCUCCGGGGGCGCGGCCCUGCCCCUGCCUGCGCCCCUCUACCGGCCCCAUGUGCCACUGGCCUACGGCGUGCAGCGCAGCCCCUCCUUCCAGAGCAAGGCCCCCGAGACCCCCGGCUACGCCCUGCCACUGGGCUCAGCCCAUGGCUUCCCACCCACGGCGCCCGCAGCGGGGCUCUACACGCCACACCCACCGCACCCGCACCACAAGCCACAUCAGCUGCACGUGGUGGGCUCCCGGGGCCCGGUGUUCGCCGGGGACAGCCCCCCACAGAGCCUGCUGGCACCCUCCAGGAAUAGCCUCAACGUGGACCUGUACGAGCUGAACGGCCCCCCCGGGCAGCAGUGGCCAGCUGCCACCCUGUCCCGCCGGGACUCGCUGCAGAAGCCCGGCCUGGAGGCGCCCCCACGCCCGCACACCAGCUUCCGGCCCGACGGGCCCGUGCCCAGCAGGACCAACUCCUUCAACAGCCACCAGCCGUCAGCAGCGCCCGGGCGGGCAGCGGUGCCCAGCAAGGCGGAGCCAGCCCUGCCCACCCCCAACACCAUCACGGCCGUCACAGCCGCCCACAUCCUGCACCCCGUCAAGAGCGUGCGCGUCCUGCGUCCAGAGCCCCAGACAGCAGUGGGCCCCUCGCACCCCGCCUGGGUGCCGGCGCCCGGGGUAGACGGCCUGGACGCCAAGGAGGAACCCCCGGUGCCCCUGGGCGUGGCCAGCACCUACUCACUGGACGCCGAGUACGGCGGCCCUGGGCCUGAGAUGCGGUGCCCGCCGCCGCCCUACCCCCGGCAUCUGCUGCUGCAGGGCACGUCAGAGCAGCUCGAUGUGGACAGCCUGUGUGUGAGCCUGGAGCAGGGCCUCCGGGGAGGCCAGGCCGCAGAGCCUGGCGGUGACAAGAGCCACAAGAGCACCAAGGCAGACAAGGGGGGCAAAGACAAGAAGCAGAUCCAGACAUCCCCGGUGCCUGUGCGCAGGAGCGGCAGGGACGAGGAGAAGCGCGAGUCGCGCAUCAAGAGCUACUCCCCCUUCGCCUUCAAGUUCUUCAUGGAGCAGCACGUGGAGAACGUCCUGAAGACCUACCAGCAGAAAGUCGGCCGCCGGCUGCAGCUGGAGCAGGAGAUGGCCAAAGCCGGCCUCUGCGAAGCGGAGCAGGAGCAGAUGAGGAAGAUCCUUUACCAGAAGGAGUCGAAUUACAACCGGCUGAAGAGAGCCAAGAUGGACAAGUCCAUGUUUGUGAAAAUCAAAACCCUGGGCAUCGGGGCCUUUGGGGAAGUGUGUCUGGCCUGCAAGGUGGACACACACGCCCUCUAUGCCAUGAAGACGCUGCGCAAGAAGGACGUCCUCAACAGGAACCAGGUGGCCCACGUCAAGGCCGAGAGGGACAUCCUGGCUGAGGCCGACAACGAGUGGGUGGUGAAGCUGUACUACUCCUUCCAGGACAAGGAGAGCCUCUACUUCGUGAUGGACUACAUCCCCGGUGGGGACAUGAUGAGCCUGCUCAUCCGCAUGGAGGUCUUCCCCGAGCACCUGGCCCGCUUCUACAUCGCCGAGCUGACGCUGGCCAUCGAGAGCGUCCACAAGAUGGGCUUCAUCCACCGCGACAUCAAGCCGGACAAUAUCCUGAUAGACCUCGAUGGCCACAUCAAACUGACUGAUUUCGGCCUCUGCACUGGAUUCAGGUGGACUCACAAUUCCAAGUACUACCAGAAAGGCAGCCACAUCAGACAGGACAGCAUGGAGCCCAGUGACCUCUGGGACGACGUUUCCAAUUGUCGCUGUGGGGACAGGCUGAAGACCCUGGAGCAGAGAGCGAGGACGCAUCAGCGGUGCCUGGCGCACUCCCUGGUCGGCACCCCCAACUACAUUGCCCCCGAAGUGCUGCUUCGAAAAGGGUACACGCAGCUCUGUGACUGGUGGAGCGUGGGAGUGAUCCUCUUCGAGAUGCUGGUCGGACAGCCCCCCUUCUUGGCCCCCACUCCCACGGAGACCCAGCUGAAGGUGAUAAAUUGGGAGAACACGCUUCACAUCCCCGCCCAGGCCAAGUUGAGCCCAGAGGCGCGUGACCUCAUCACCAAGCUGUGCUGUGCCGCCGAGCGCCGGCUGGGCAGGGCCGGGGCCGAGGACCUGAAGACUCACCCGUUCCUGGCCGCCAUGGACUUCUCUAGUGACAUCCGCAAGCAGCCUGCUCCCUACGUGCCCAAGAUCAGCCACCCCAUGGACACCUCCAACUUUGACCCGGUCGAGGAGGAAAGCCCCUGGCCCGGCGCGAGCGGAGAGAGCACAAAGGCAUGGGACACACUCACCUCCCCGCACAGCAAGCACCCCGAGCACGCCUUCUACGAGUUCACCUUCCGGAGGUUCUUUGAUGACAAUGGCUACCCCUUCCGGUGCCCGAAGCCCUCGGGGACAGAUGCCUCUCAGGCAGAGAGCGGGGCACCGGAGAGCCCCGCCCUGGGAGAGCCAGCGGAGAGCUGCCAGCCCGUGUACGUGUAGACAGUGGCGGGGGCUGCGUGGGCUGACCUGGGCCCUGCGGAAGUCCCGGGCCUGCCAGAAGCUUGAGGUCAGCUUUGUUUUUAAGUUAGUCCAUUGGUGUCUUCACUUGAAGUCUGGCCUUCACUCCCAACUGCCCACCAAAAAGAAAAGAAAAAAAAGGGCACCCCCGAACAAACAGAAGCGUUCUUUCUGGAAAGGUUCCCACUUCAGAGACCUUCAUUUCUCCAUUCUGGAUGACGGGAGACUGCGUCAGCAUUGUUGGGAAUUGGGUUUUGUGGACCGUAACAUCAUUAAAACAAUAUUUUUUAAAACUUUUAGUACAGUUUAGAAAGAGCACUUAUUUUGUUUAUAGCCAUUUUUCUUACUAAAUUGUAGGGAUUAAUUUUGACAAAUCAUGCUGCUGUUAUUUUCUACAUUUGUAUUUUAUCCAUAGCACUUAUUCACAUUUAAGAAAAGAUAAAAACUGAAGAACAUGGGAUAAGAAAUCUCUGUGCAAUAAUGUAAAAAGAGAGAUAGAGGAGUGAAAGAGAGAGAGGGAGAGAGAGAGAGAGCGAGAGAGAGAGAGAGAGAGAGAGAGAGCACUGUUCUAAUGUUACUGAUACCAUUUUCUUCACACAGUGGUUUCUAUGCCCUCCCCCCACAUUUCAAAAAUUGUGAUAUAAUGUUAAAAGGCUGCUUUUUCUUUUUGCUUUUUGCAUAUUAUAGUAUAAUAGAAGGUGUAAGCAAGGUGGUUUUGUGGGUGUGAUUUCAGAUGUCUGGUGCAUGAACAGGAUUUUUCUAUUAUAAAGUUACCGUAUCUUGCCAUUCACAGCAGGUUCUGUGAAUAUGUUUUUACCAAGUAUCUUAAGUGAGGUGUUAGCCAGUGUGCCGAUAAUGUAUCAUGUGGAUGCCUUAUUUGCUAUGAUUACAUCCCCUAUUUUGUUAAAAAAAAGAAUGCAGAUGUAUAAUUGAAAUGAGAGGAAUGUAUGUGUGUGUGUGUGUGUGUGUGUGUGUGUGAGUGUGUGUCUUUGUGGGUAUGAUAGGAGUGGAGUGGGGGUUAAGAUUAAACAUUUGUCAUAUAUGAAACUUGCGUAGAUCAAAAGGGAUUCAUUGAGCUAUGCCAAAAACUGUUGACUUUUUCCUGGAGCAGUGCCCACUUCACUAGUCAGUCUGACUUAGGAGUCCAUGUACUACAGCCAAGUGCUGGGGCCACUGGCCAAUGUGGGCAGAGUGUGCCCACCCUCUGCCCUACAGCUGACAGCUUGCUCAGGUGUUACCACCCUAAGGUCUGGUCAUCUGAGGGCGCUGUCACAUUCUUUCUGUUGUGCUUUCACAAAUCAAUCUUAACUUGGUCUGAAAACAUUUUUUUUAAAACCUUUGUGAAAAAGCAAGGAUUAUUCAAAGUGACAUUGGAAGACAAAAUUAUUAAGCCAUACAUAUUUUCAUAGACAUGUAGGUGUGUAUAUAUAACUACAUAGGUAAGCACAUCAGGUAUUUCUUAUUUCAAAUUAGUAUGAUUCCUAUUGAAAGUGAUUUAUAUUUGAGUAAAAAAUUCAAUUUUUUUGCUUUUUAAAAAACUGAUGCUUCAUAUUUUUUAUUAUAUAUUCCACAUAAUUUCCCUUCCAUUGUUUAGUGUAAUGUAUCCAUUAUUUAGUCUGUCCCUGGACAACAACACUUAAGAGUCUAUCGACGUGUAAUCGGGAAGAGCGAGCGGCUUCUUCUGCUGGUUUCCAUGUGUAUGAGCGGUGCGGCCGUGCGUGUCUGUUCUCGCUGUCUGCUAGGAAUGUCCUGUUGUCACAGCGCUCUGACAGCCUUUUAUGUGAUAGGUCCUUUCUCAGGAACUCAAUUUAACUAUUAUUUAUUGAUAUAUCAUUGCCUUUGAAAAGCUUCUACUGGCACAAUUUCUUAUUAAAAUUUUGAAUCCAAACCCCGAA